UUUGGCAUUGAUGUGUAUCUCUUACCAUUGACCUAUCUGUCGCUUCCUGUGCCUAUAUUUGUUACUUCCUAUGACAUUUUUCGAAACUUUAGUCUAAUUUCUUCUUUGCUGCUCCUCACAGAGAUAAUAAGCGGAGUGGUUAAGAGUGUGAAGAAGGAUGGAGAGUGGAAGGUGCUUAUUGUGGACCACAUCAGUAUGCGGAUCCUCUCAUCCUGCUGUAAGAUGUCUGACAUCAUGGCACAGGGAGUCACCAUUGUUGAGGACAUCAACAAACGCAGAGAGCCUAUCCCCAGCCUUGAGGCUAUCUAUCUGAUUUCCCCGAGUAGAAAGUCCAUCCAGAACCUGCUGAAUGACUUCAAGGACUCUGCCUUCACGUACAAAGCCGCACACAUCUUCUUCACUGACACUUGUCCCAAUGAUCUGUUUGCUGAGCUUGGCCGGUCAAAGGUAGCACGAGUGAUCAAGACGCUGAAAGAAAUUAAUGUGGCUUUCUUGCCCUAUGAAUCACAGGUGUUUUCUCUGGAUGACAGCAGCUCCCUGCACUCAUUCUACGGCCCGUCGGACGAUAAGGAUAAGAAUAAAAUGAUGGAGGCUUUGGCCGAGCAGAUCGCCACCCUCUGCGACACACUGAAGGAGUACCCUGCCAUACGCUACCGCAAGGGCCCAGAUGAGAAUUUGGCCCUUGCUGAAAUGGUGCUGGACCGCCUGAACGCCCACAAAGCGGACAACCCCAGCAUGGGAGAGGUGAGGAGAUCCAGCGCUGCACUGUAACACUGUAGGACCUGCUACAGCCACUACACGUCACACUAGUCCUUGGGACCGUUUCAUUGGACCCUGCCUUGUAGUUGGGAGUGUGGGAGGGUUCUUUGUUGUCAUGCUGGAGAUUUUUUGUAUCCAUUUUGUAUCCAUCAACGCCUGUUCUUUAUCUAAAUUAUAAUAUGGUU